AUGUCGCGGACGGCAGACUCGCUGACCCUGCCCACGGCGAUGCAUUCUUCCAACGGUCACGGCGGGACGGCCGAGUCCGGAGCUGGCGCCAACCCGUCCCCGAGCGGCAGGAUCCGGCAAUGGACAAGCUCCCUGCUGACAUCCUCGCGCAACGCCUCCGGCCAUCAUAAUAAUAGUAGCCACACGAGCAAUGAUGGUGAUGGUUAUGACGACGGCGACGACGACACCGCUACGGAACAGCGUUCCGGCUACUCGCCCGAUAGCUGGUGGAAGAUCCGCCUCUUUCGCGGCAUGGUCAACGACGUGCGCCGUCGGGCGCCGUAUUAUUGGAGCGACUGGCGCGACGCGUGGGAUUACCGCGUCGUGCCGUCGACGAUUUAUAUGUAUUUUGCCAAUAUCUUGCCUGCUCUGGCCUUCUCGCUGGAUAUGUUCACCAAGACAAAUAUGCAGUACGGCGUAAACGAGGUGCUGCUGGCGUCGGUCCUCGGCGCCGUCGUCUUUGCUAUACUGGCUUGCCAGCCGUUGGUCAUCGUGGGAGUCACGGGUCCUAUUACCGUAUUUAACUAUACUGUCUACGAUAUCAUGACACCCACAGGAACUAACUACCUGGCCUUUAUGUGUUGGAUUGGGCUCUGGUCGCUUGUAUUCCACUGGAUCCUCGCAAUCACUAACUCGUGCAACUGGUUACGGUACGUGACGCGGUUCCCCUGCGACAUCUUCGGGUUCUACGUUGCCUUCAUCUACCUGCAGAAGGGUAUCCAGGUGCUUGAGCGUUUCGGCGAUGGCUCGCCCUUCUACCUGUCUAUCAUGGUCGCUCUGCUCGUCUUCAUGGUUGCAUACGCGUGCGGCGAGUUGGGUAGCAGCCCCUUAUUCCGCCACCCCGUCCGCGUCUUUCUCAAGGACUACGGCACCCCGCUUACCGUUAUCUUCUUCACCGGCUUCGUCCACUUCGGCCGCAUGAAGAACGUCGAGCUCGAGAGGUUGCCUACCAGCGCGGCUUUCUUCCCUACUGCGGAUAGGGGCUGGCUUGUCAACUUCUGGGAUAUCUCAGUUGGCGACGUGUUUAUUGCCAUUCCCUUUGCUGUGCUGCUCACUAUUCUGUUCUAUUUUGACCAUAACGUAUCGUCCCUCAUCGCGCAAGGGACCGAGUUCCCCCUCCGCAAACCCGCAGGUUUCCACUGGGACCUAUUCCUACUCGGCCUCACGACGGGCGUCGCGGGGAUCCUCGGACUACCCUUCCCGAACGGACUCAUCCCGCAAGCUCCGUUCCACACCGAAUCCCUGUGCGUGACGAAGCUGGAGGCGGACACGGAGGAAAACGGCGAGGCAAAGGGCCACUACGUGCUCAAGCGGACGCACGUCGUCGAGCAGCGCGUGUCGAACCUGGCCCAGGGCCUCCUGACCCUCGGCACCAUGACGGGCCCGCUGCUCGUUGUCCUGCACCUGAUCCCGCAGGCCGUGCUCGCGGGCCUGUUUUUCAUCAUGGGCUUCCAGGCCCUCGAGGGCAACGGCAUCACCGCCAAGCUCCUGUUCCUCCUGCGCGACCGCGCCCUGACCCCCGGCGGCCACCCCCUCGCGGGCCUCCCGCGCCGCGCCGCCGUCUGGGCGUUCGUCGCCGUCGAGCUGGCCGCCUUCGGCGCGACCUUCGCCAUCACCCAGACCGUUGCCGCCGUCGGCUUCCCCGUCGUCAUCCUCGCGCUGAUCCCCGUCCGCGCGCUCGUCCUGCCCCGCGUCUUCACGCCCCACGAGCUCGCCGUGCUCGACGCCCCGACCGCUAGUCCGUUUACCAUGGAGAGUGUCGGCGGCUCGUACGCUGCUGCUGCUGCUGCUGCUGCUUCUGCGGCCGCCGAUAACGGUGCUCCUUCGCGUAGCCGGGAGGGCGUCCGCGGAACAAGAAAUGAUAGCGCCGGCGAUGUUGGUGGGGACGCCACGGGCCCGAGGAGAAAAAGCGAGGAGCUCCUUGCGGAGGAGGGCCGCGGAGCGUCGUCGCGCGAGGAGAUGGGGACGGGGACGCGAGACGAGAUUGAGAUGAGUCGGUUGGGGAUGAGUAGGAGGGGCCAGGCGAGUCGGAGCGCGGGGCACGAGGAGAGUUAG